AUGGCGCUCCAGUGUGAGGCAACUGCUCCAGGCGAACAGCGGAUCCAGUUCCCAGUGGGCACCAUUGUGCGAUGGAUAUGCUCGCAGGUGCUUGUGCGUUUUUAUUAUCCGGCAGCUAUUGUGGGUGAUGGCGGGCUGCCUACGAAGGAGCGUGCACACUGGAUAGCGAGUCCGCAGGCGCUCUACGUGCGCGGCUAUUCUCGCUUCCUUGGUAUCGACUUCCGACCCGUUUGGUGGACACUGCGCUGUCUCUUCGGGUCGAUUCGCAUGGAGGCGUAUCCGGAUCUUUCACCAGCGACAGAGCGCCGCUGGCCGGUGGUCAUUCUAUCGCACGGACUGGGCGGAACCGCUACUGCUUAUGCAAAGCUGUGCUGCGCGCUGAGCGCUCACGGGAUGGUAGUGCUAGCCGUUGAACACCAGGAUGGAACCGCAUCUGCUACGCUUACUCGAUCAGGCACCGCUCUUUUUUACAGAAAACCAAAUCUUCGAGAUCCUGUUGGGAAGAGAAAACGAGCACGAAAGGAACAAUUGGAGAAGCGUUGUCGAGAGAUCCAAACCUUACUGGAAUGGCUCCAGGGCACGGAACCCGCCACUGCCGAGGAAGACCGGCUACAGCUGGAGCUGCUGAAGGUGUGUGAUGCUAAGCGAAUAACGCUUUGUGGACACUCUUUUGGAGGUGCCACGAUAGCCCAGUGGUUGUUAUCGCCUCGAGCUGACCAGUUUUCACUGCACCGUUGCUUGUUACUGGAUCCGUGGUUCUGGCCUCUGCUAAACGAAACCGAGAUCGAGAAUGGAAACGAAGGGCGGCGUGAGCCCACGCAAGAAGCAUCAAGUCUUCCUCUACCGACGGGCGCGAUCGCUCCCAGCUUGUUGCUCGUCAAUGAGCUCUUCUCCCGCAGUCUGUCCCCGACGGAGCGUCGGGCACUGCAGCUAUGGCCAGCCACACAUCGUUUGAUGUUGCGUGGAGCUGCACACCAGGUGCAGUCAGAUUUUGAGCAUCGUUUGCCCCGGAUUGUGACUCGAUUUGCUCGUUUAGCCUCGCGCCAAGACCCAAGUCGGCUAUUCCAGACACAGCUGGAUUUGAUAAUUGCUUUCUUAGACGGAGAUGAAGCGCGUUGGGUUGCAACGUUGGAACGUGAGGCUGACCUCGUUGUUCCCCUAGAGCCCUAG